AUGACAACAUCGACUACCACUCCCCGCACUAUCGCCGUACUGGGCGCAACGGGCAACCAAGGGAGCGGAGUUGUCCGUGCCUUAUUGCAGAAAAGCCCGCUUAACCCAGCCUCGUUCACCGUUCGUGCUGUGACACGUGAUCCCAGCUCCCCCCAAGCAGAACGACUUCGCGCCGUCUAUCCAGAAGAAGAAGUCUCUGGCCGACUACAGCUCGUGCCUGGCGACGUCUAUGACGUCACAAGCCUAGAGCGUGCCUUCGACGGGGUCUGGGGCGUGUUUGCAGUCACAAAUAAUCGCAUUCUUGGGCAAAUGAUUGAAACCGAAGAGGACCUCGAGCAUGAGCUGGUAGCGGGAAGGAAUAUCGUGGCCGCCGCCAAAGUAUCUGGGGUGCGUCAUUUUGUUAUCAGCAGUCUACCCAACCUGGCGGACGCGAGCAAAGGGCAAUUCCAAAAGGUCUUCCAUUUCGACCAUAAAUUUCAAAUCGAGCAACUCGCAAAGAGCGAGUUGACUGCCGUGACGGCUUUGCGGCCUGGGCUGUUUUACACGAAUGUACAAUGGGUGCAAUAUUGCCGGCGAAAUGAAAACGGGAUCGUCCGUUUUUGUCCGCCGGUUCCCGAGAACAAAACCGCAGAUUGGACCGAUCCGAGCUAUGAUAUCGGUUGGCGGCUAACGAUCAUCGAAAAAGUAGAAGUGUUUUCUCUUGGACCCGAAAAGACGGCCUCUAAAGUAUACCCGGUGGUGAGCUCCAAGAUGCGAUUUGCCGAUCUUCCGGCCAUUUUUUCGACCGUGCGAUAUCAACCGGCAAUUUUCGAUCCUAUCAGUCUAGAUGAUUGGGGUGCCACAGUUGCAAGGACGGUUGGCAAGGGGUAUGAAGAGGACAUCAGGCAGAUGAUGGAAUGGAUUGCUGUUGCGCCAGAUGAGAAGAUUUGCUAUGGGACCAUGACCCCAGAGGAGGAUUGCUCUUGGGCGGAUCUUGGAGUGCGGGCUAGUACAUUCGAGGAGUGGUUGAAGAGGUCGGGAUGGCAAGGACCAUGA